AAGUACCACAUCCAACAAUACAAAUCACAUUAUAAUACAACUAUACAAGUCAAUCAAAUGGCCUCGAGAACUUCCACCCUCAAAUUCUUCGCAUUACUAAUCUGUUCUCUUGCAAUCGCCGAAAUGGCAAUGGCUGGAGAUCCAGAUAUUCUUAGUGACUUCAUUGCGCCUCCAAAUGGAACAGUAGAUGGAAACUUCUUCACAUACACUGGCAUGCGUGUUGUCUUUGAAGAAGAUGAGCCCAAAAACUUCACAGUUCUGAAGGCAACCUCCGCUGAGUUCCCUGCCCUUAAUGGUCAGAGUGUUUCAUAUGCAGUUCUUGAAUUCCCAUCUGGCACUACUAACCCACCUCACACUCAUCCUCGCUCUGCUGAGCUCCUCUUCCUUGUUGACGGUACCCUUGAAGUUGGCUUUGUCGACACAAAAAACAACCUCUUUACUCAGACUCUUCAGGUAGGUGACCUGUUUGUUUUUCCUAAGGGACUUGUUCACUACCAGUACAAUGCCGAUUCACAAAACUCGGCUACAGCAAUUUCUGCUUUUGGAAGUGCAAGUGCAGGAACUGUGUCAAUUCCUUCCACUUUGUUCGCCACCAACAUCGAUGACAAUGCCUUGGCUUUGUCCUUCAAGACUGAUGUAGCUACAAUUCAACAGCUUAAGGCUGGUCUCGCUCCCAAGCUAUGAGGAGAAGAUUAUUAUAAGUAGUUUAAUUAGUAUUGCUUGGUAGUUCUGUUUUACUUGUUAUGAUUUUCCAAUUUUAAUAAAUACCCUCAAUAAGCUGGAAGGGUAUUCAGCAACAUGUGUUACUGUUAUAAAGUGUUAAAAACAUUUCUCACAAUUCAUUUAUAAUCAAUUAUAUAGAUCCACUUUUUGUUCGAUCUA